AUGUCGUCGAAGAAGCGCCCACGAAUUUGCACAUACAACGGAACCGCAACCGAGCCAUGGCCACUGCCCAUCCCGUUCGACCUCCGCCUUGACGUCCUCUCGCGCUUGGACGUCGCGAGCCUCCUCCGGUACGCCGCCGCCUCCAGGUCUACCCGCAGCGACAUCCUCAGCGAGGACUUCCGCCGCAGCCUCGCCCUCCGUGCCGAGGCCAGCCGUGGCUUCGACCCCGCCCUCCUCCUCGGCUUCUCCUACCGGCUGCCGGUGCGCGCAUCAACCGCGGGCGAUCGUGUUGCCCAGACGCGCCGGCAACACCUCCUCCGCUUUGACGCCAUCCUAUUGGACUCGUUCGAUCCCGUGGCCUCGCGCGACGGUCUCGUCGUCCUCCUCCGGCGACCGACAGACGUCGAACAACGUUGGGCCGACGCCCUUUCCGGAGCUGACCUGCGCGUCUGCAACAGCCUCACCGGCCAGGCGUCCCGCCUCCCUCCGGCGGAUGUCCGUGAAGCGUACCCACACGCCUUGCUCGCCGUUGGCGGCGCCGGCCGCUCGUUCCAGCUGCUCGCCGCCGACUCGGACCUGCGGAUGCAGACCUUCUCGUCGGAGGACGGCAGGUGGGGCGCCGUCGUCGAACCCCGCCAUGCGGCGCACCUUCCGUACAUCCCUCCGAGAUAUGCCUCUCGCGCCACGGUCGUCGGAUCCACCGUCUACUGGCUGUGCAUACUCAAGCGCGACCACGUGGACGGCCAGCCCCGGCCCCCUAACCCACCAUGCAUCGUCUCUUUGGACGCCGGCUCGUCGCAGGCUUCGCGCAUCGAGCUGCCGCCGGGAUGCCUUGACAGGCUGAGGUACCACCAGACCGUCUUGGACGCGCUGAUGCUGGCACCGUCGCCGGACAGGAGGCUGAGCGUUCUGGCCGCGGAGAUCUGUGUGAUAUCGAUGUGGACGCUGUCGGAAGGUGACAACUCAAGCUUGCCGGCGGCGAGGUGGACCAGACAGGUGGUGAUCUGGAGGCAUGCCAUCGAGCACGAGCCAGGUCCGGCUUACUCGGUCCAGUUCAUGGGUCUCGGGGAGAGGAGCGGCACCGUGGUUCUGCAGAUGUACGGAAUCGGGCUCGUGCAGCUCAACCUGGGAUCCAGAGAAGCCGCCGUCGUCAGGCGCGAUGAGUCGUUCAAGCGAUGCUUUGGGUACUACAACCCCGGACGCUACCGGCUGUGCUUGCACGAGAUACAUCUCACAGCUCUGCUUCAAGCCAUGAAACCUUUCUAA